CCGCCCCCCCGAGGCCAGUGGUGUUUUGUGCCUUGGGCCGCUGCGUUUGGAGGGGCACAGACUGGAGCCCCGCGUCCGGGCUCGUUGCUCCCUCGCGGGUGGGAAGGGCGGGGGGAGCCCGUGCAGAACCGAAACCUCCCGAGAAGCACCUGGAGGGGCCCGUUUGGGAAAGCGGGGGCGGGGGUUGGCCAGAGCUUGGCCUCUUGUGCUUCACGGCAGAAAAGUUCGGCUGCUCAGCGUGUGCUGCCCGUGUAAUGCCAAAAGCUGUGGAAGGGACACAGUGACUCCCCGAGUGGCGCUGUGCAGCGGGCAUCAGGCCCUUUCCCCCCUAAUCUUCUGUGCUAGUGAAUUGCCUAGAAGAAGGGCAAAGCCUUGAUGGGAAAACAGUUACAGUUUCGGAGCACUUUCAUGACCGAAAAGCAUUUCGGAUGUGGUGGCUCUGAGCCAGAGGCGUUUAAAACCAGCUUCAAGCACUUGAGUAUGCAGUGUCACCUCAGAGCUGCAGACUUGCAGCCUUUGGUGAGAACAAGAAGUGCUGGAUUCAUUAGGCAUCUGGUUCAGAAAACUAUCUUAGUGCUGUUACCUGACUUUUAGUAUAGAAUAAAAUUUUGAGAAGUUGCACAGGCUUACAGUAAAGCAAAUGCUAAGCUGCAAUUUCAGCUUUCUCAAAGUUUUGUCAUGGCAGUGACUAGUAUAAAUUAUGUACUUAAAAGCCAAAACACACUACAGUAGGGGUCAGCAGCAAUUGGAAAAAUCUUUGGUUCAAAAUACUUUCAGUGGAAGCUGGAAAGGCAGGCAUGGUUUUUUCCUCUGUAAGCUGAUGUAAGAGUGUUACAUUCAGUUUAGAAGCGUAUUAAUGGCAAACAUUCAGACCAACUUCUGUGUUUAAGUACAUGUUUAUAUUCAUGAUGAGAUUGACUAGCUAGAAGUUAAUUUGCUGUCUCAGAAAAACAUCAGGAGGCUGAUGCAGACGGAGGACCAACUCUUCAUCCUCUUGAGAUGUCUUGUAGUCCAUCGUUAAUAGAACCGGCAUGUUCCAACCCUGAGAUACAGGGAACUGCAAAAAUGAGAAAAAAUGACGCUGCUUCCAGACAUUUGGUUCCUCCUGAUGAUGAUCAUGAAAGUGAACAGUCAAAAUCUAUUCAAAGAAAGAGAGUGCUUCCAUCUUGGAUGCUGGAAAGAGACCUCCUGGUUCAGAGGAUUUCUGAGCCUGUAAUGAAAAGAGGUAGUAGAAUGAAUAAAGGCCAAGGAAGGGGAGAAAGUAAUAUGGAGUCAUUAAAAUCAGAAGUAAACGUACAGCAGAAAAAAAGAUUAGCUUCUGAAGAAACUAUAGAGGAUUUUGAAGGUGAAGAGCAAGAUCAAGGGAAAAGGAGCUGUCUUUUCAUCCCUGUCCCUUCAUCUCAGAAUACAUCUGGAUUUCCUCUUGAGAGUGCCAUGAGAAACAUGGAAGGAAAUGGCAAGACUGGAACAAAAAACCCUGGAAGUUCUCUGGAAAAAAAUGAUAGGCAGCUGCAUAGUAAAUGGUCUAAAAGAGUAGGUCAGAUCUCCAGUAAAGAAAAUAGAAUUGAGGAAACAGAAAACAAAGAGCAGAUUACUGGUUCUACAAGCCAACAAGCUCACUGGGGCAGGACUUCUCAAUAUUUUGGUGCCCAGGAAGGUAUUCUUGAGCCUGAUGCAAAUCUGGAUUACGAGACACAGAUUUCUGAUUCAACCAGAAGUGCAGAUGCUUCAGAAAGCUCCAAACAGAUCAAGCAUAAGAGGACACCUUGCAUGUAUGGAACAGGCUGUUACAGGUAAAGCAAAAUUAAAACUAGCUUGAGAUAGCUUUUUAUUAAGAAUUAAUGUAUUAGCAAUGGAAGAGAAAACAGUCAAGUCAUUACAAGCUUUGAUUUGAAAAAAAUCUUUUGGUAAGCAGGGGAUUGAUGAGAAACAAAUGGCAUAACAGGAAUUUUAAGAGCUUUAAAAAGAGGAGCCAGGAUGUCUUGCUAACUGUUAAUAUAACCCAAACAAGGGAUGAAGUACUUCACCAAAUUAAAAGAUGAAGUGUUGUAGGAAAUAAGAAACAAAGGCCCAUUUUAAAAAGAAAUAAAAACCCCCUGUGUGUACCAGGAGGGAGAAGAGAUGUAAAUGGUUGAAAUGCACAACAUGAUCCUGUAGGUUUGUUUUAUUAGCAGAUGAAAGUUUUGUGAAAGGUGAUUGUAUUUAUUGAAGUAAUUGCAUGCUUUGUGAUCUGAAUAUUUAAAAUACUUACUAUCUGUCAUUCUUUAAGUAAUCAAGAAUUACUUUUAUUGUAACUUGGCCAGUCUGCUUUUUUUUUUUUUCAUUAGCUUCCGCUCCCUCCCUAGAAACAGAACAAGGCGUGCUUACAAACUCCGUGUUAACCCUUAUUUGGUCAGGGUCUUUGAUAAUACAAGUGAAGAGCAUUUUUUUUUUCUUUCACUCAUAUCCUCUCCAUUCAUAGUGAAAGAUCUGUCCUGCAAAUCUUCUGUGGGAUACAAAUGUUCCAGUGAAGUUCCGAGCCAUCAGUGCUGAGUGCCUGGUCUGCUAGUUUUUUCUGCCCAGAAAAGAUCUAGUGUGCCACAUGUUGAUAUAUCAAGGGGGAGAUACGAAUUUAGAGGUGGUCUUGAGGCUAGCAAAUGGCCAAUGACCCAAGAAUUGCAUUUAGGAGAAGAUUUUGAGCUCUAGGUAAAUCCAUGUCAUUGUAAGCACAAAAGAUAUGGUUAAGCCAGGAAACAGGGGGUCCUGUGAAUUUAUUUUUUUUAUUAUUAUUAUUCCCCGUCCCCCAAGGGGCUUCAGCAAUAGGAAAAACAGUGAGGUGGUUUAGAAAACAAGCGAGCACAAGUGAAUGGAUUCUUGUAUAUGUUUGGUGUGCCCAAUGGUGCAGAUAACGGUGUAAAUCAAAAGUGUAAAGCUGUUGUGUUGAUGAACACAUCAGACUUCCAGUUUUCAUGUAGCUUUCUUUCACAUAUCUCAAUUCUUGCCCUUAAUGAAUGUAGUGAAAACACUUUAUUAGACAGUUAAGCUGAUCCAGUAGUACAAGUACAGCCUCUAGUUUGCUCCAACUACUUUUAAUUUUGCUCAGACAAGUUUUCCUCUGUAUGGGGGUUAAGCUGAUUAUUUAAUGCUCUGAUAUACUGACGGAUUCCUAAUGUUUAGGAAGGCAAAUCUUAGUUACAGGUAAUACGGAAUAGGAGUCUGCAUGUGCGCAUUUCUUCUUGUGUGUUUAUUCUAAAAUGUUUGGCAGUGAUACUUUUGGAAAGUAUUGCC